GAGAAAACUUAAGCAAGAAUCAUGGACUUGAAAACCUUUUAAAACUCUCAAACCUCAAAAAACAAAAACAAAAAUUAUUGAGAGAGCUCUGGUUGGAUUGUUAUUAGGGAAUGUUUUUCUUUCUCCCUUUUAUUUAGUUAAUCACUUUGCCUUCAUCCUUCAAAAUGUGUUCUCUACUGUCCAUCAAAUCUAGCUCAUCUCAACCAAAACUAGCUUUAUGCAACUCUUUUCUAGCUAUUUCAGCACUAAUCCUACUAUCUUUUUAUAUAUUUUUCUUUGACAAAUCACACAAUAACCAACCUUUAAAUCUCUUGGAAGCCUUCCAGAAAAGCUGUCCGGCAGCUAAUACAAGUUCCCCUAGUCCCCUACCACCUACCAAUCUAAACCACAUUGUGGUCGGAAUUGUUGGCUCCAUGAACACAUGGAAGAAGAAGAAAGCAUACACUGAAGCAUGGUGGAAACCUAAUGUUACCCGCGGUUACCUCUUUUUAGAUCGAGCUCCUAAACCAGAAUUUCUACCAUGGCCUUCAUCUGCUCCUCCUUUUCGAAUCAGUGAGGACAUCACCGGAUUCAAAGUGUACCCAAAAAUUGUGAGGCCAGACCAAGUACGAAUUAUACGUACAAUUUUGGAGACAUUCAGAGAGGGUGACAAAGAUGUGAGAUGGUAUGUAAUGGCGGAUGAUGAUACCAUCCUUUUUGUUGAUAACUUAGUUGAGGUUCUUGCAAAGUAUGACCACACUAAGUACUAUUACAUUGGUUCCAGUUCGGAAUGUAUUAAGUCUAACUUCGAUUUUUCCUUCGAUAUGGCGUUUGGCGGCGGUGGUUAUGCUUUGAGCUACCCGUUGGUGGCAACAUUGGCAACAAAGUUGGAUGAGUGUAUUGAGAGAUAUCCAUACUUGCGGGUCAGUGAUUUUAUGUUACAUUCAUGUUUGGCUGACUUGGGAGUCGCUCUAACUCAAGAAAAGGGGUUUCACCAGAUUGAUCUCCAUGGUGACAUAUCAGGUCUUCUAUCAUCUCAUCCACAAUCUCCUCUCCUCUCCCUCCACCACAUUGACACCAUAGACCCAAUCUUCCCCUUCAUGAGCCGCUCUGAGUCCAUUAACCACCUCAUGAGGCCAGCAAAAGUUGACUCUUCUCGUCUUCUUCAACAAACCAUCUGCUACCACAGACCAAGCAAUUGGUCUUUCUCAAUCUCAUGGGGCUAUUCUGCUCACAUUUAUGAGAACAUAAUUCCCCGGAGCAUUUUACGGAGACCCCUCGAGACAUUUAGGCCUUGGAAGAAUUCAAUAAGACCGCCAUUCUACAUGUUCAAUACCCGGCUAACUUACAAUGAUCCAUGUCAAGCUCCUCAUCUGUUUUCCUUUGAUUCUAUUGCUGAGAAUGUUAAAGGGAACCAAACUAUUACAACUUAUUCACGAACAGCUCCACGUGGUUUGCCACCUUGUUCUUCAAGUGGAAACCACUCGGCGGAUUUUAUCACCAAAAUUCAGGUUACUUUGCCUGCAAUACGUUUGGAGGCCAGAGGGAUAGACUGCUGUGAUAUAGCAUAUGCACCUGACAUUAACACUACUCAACUUAUAUACAGAGCUUGCAUGGAGGGUGAAAUUAUUGCCUAAUGUAAAAUUAACUAAGGACAUCAUAUUAAUUUAACUACCAAAAAUACCCUUAGUACACCGUAAUACACUCUAUCACAACACUAAACCAAUUCGAAAACUGGCUGCGGAACACUCCAUCAGAUGGAGGCAGCAGUUGUUUUCGAAGAGGGGACCACACUGACGAACUCUCUGCAAUCAUUUAUCCAAGGAUUCUAGGUAGAAGGACUAACGUCACCCAUUGCAUUCGUAUCAAUAAUGUAUGAUUAAGAGUCCUGAGACUGAAAAUCAUAGUGAAGGCAGUGCGAUAAGAUUGCUUCAUCUUUCAAUAUUUGCAAUUCCUCCCAAUAAUAUUUGGUUAAUUGAAAACAAUAGCAUGUAUUUGGUGAUCAGCCGUUUUGAUCUCUAACGUUUGUAUACCAGAAUUAUAUUAUACAAUCUAUUAUUACAAAUAAAUAUUUAGUUGAAGCGUACUUUUUUUGUUUGCUUCGAUCUUGACUGGUUUCAUUGCUUUAUAUCUUUGAGACGGAAAAAAUGGGACACCAUGGACGAGAUACGAACACAAAAUAGUUACUUGUAUGUCUUAGGGCCCGUUUGAUAAUCAUUUCAAUUUUAUUUUUUACUUUUUAUUUUUUAUUUUUUAUUUUUGUGCUAGAGUAUGUUGGCAUAUGCGUGAGUUCAGGAAAGUGAUUUCCUAAUUAGUGUAGUUGACUAAUUAUUGUACAAUUAGGACUUUGUUUCCUAGUUUAUUUCGUUUCCUUGUUAAACCUGUAAAAUCCUAUGUAAACAUAUAAAUAGCUCAUUAUGGAGAGGAAUAGAAUUGAAUCAGUUUUACCUAAAGACAUAUUUCUACUUGGUAUCAGAGCCACCGAUCUUGUGGUUUCUUGUUUAUCCCAAACCCUCUAAUUGAAUCCAAACCUAUAUUGAGUUCAUACGUUUUUCAUCCAUCCUCCACAUAUAUUGAGGUCAUACUUCCACACCAUCAAUUUCC